AUGCCUGCCGAUGACCCUUUUGCUUUCCUGCCUGUCGAGCAGCCUAAGCCAAUGAAGAAGACCUCCCUAUGGCGAGAGAAGCUGUUCUCCAAAGAUAAGAACAAGGGUGCUGUGCCGGACAAACAAAUCGAAGACUUCCUUGCCUCCAAUCGCCCCCGAGCUGAACCUCCUAUCACGACCAAGGGAGAUCCCAGUCAACCCCCGCCCACGGUCUCCACUCAUCGACUUUCCUCCUCACACGAUGUCUCCAAUGCGCCAACACAAACACAAACACCACCGCAAUCGCGACCCCAACCCCAACCACCGUCUGCGACCGAGACCUAUGUCGCCUUCAGCCCCAUAGACAAAGCUCAACCCCAGUACCCCCAGAAACCUCAGCCACCCCCACAAUUGUCCCGGAGCAAGACCCAACGAAAACACAAGGGACUUCAAGUUGGCUUCUCCGAUCGAGGGCCGGAGGUAAUUGGGGAAGGAGGGGAUGAAUCGGAAACCCCCACCAUCGAGAUCUCAUGGUCUCGUCAACGGAGCCGCGAUCGACUGGAAGAACCUAAGCGAGCACCGUCGCGCUCCCCGAACCUGUCAAGAGAUCUACCCAAUCUGCGGGUGAACACAUCGCUAGACGAUGACGAGUCAGACUUACCGCAGGACCUGAAGAGUGGAACAUCGCCGAGCCGGCCGCUAGUCGAAAGCUCCAGCGAUGCAGACCUCCUGAAUACUCUCCACAUAAGCCAACCUGGCUCCCGCCUAUCAUUCCGGGGGACAGAAUCACAUAAGUUUGCUGAGCGGGUGCGAAAUCAGAUGCAGGUGGAGGAAGCGCGCGCGUUGCACAAUCGGUAUGACGAUGGCUCAUCCCCGGUGGAUGAUGAUGACUAUGAUGACCUCUCGAGCCCAAUUCAGCGAUCACAUAGUGCCCACAGUCACAGUCCCCAUAGCACUCAUGAGUCAGAAUCCGUCUAUGAGAACCCCGUCUCGUAUACACCUGACGCACCCUCCGUCAAAUCGAUCAUCCACUCGAUUCGAAACCCUCCAAGCCCAACUGUCAAUCGCACUGCUCCCAAUCUCAGCCCAGUCGACCCGCGACUCCCCUCACAACUAAAACCUGGAAGCCCCGAUAAAGUCGUGCCGACACCACCCAAGUUUCCUCCACAAGCGGCUCCAGCUGCCCCUCAGGUUUCCCAGGUUCAUCCCCAGACUCCCUCACAGACCCUUGUCCGGGAACCUUCAACAAGAAACAAACCGGGUCCAAAUGAGGCGAGUCGCGAACCGUCGCGAGGCCCUCAACAGCCCAAAUUCUCGCUGCGGAAUGUGGCUGCUCAAGUCGGUGAUACCGCGUUUGCAGAUUUCAAAACUUACGUGGCCCGAUACGACAGUCUUCUACGACUUGCUGCGGAGAGCGUGAAACCGUUGAUGGAAACAUCCUUGGCGGAAUGGAUUCGGGCCGCGCUUUGGUGGUUUUUGCGUGGGAAAACAAGAUUGGAGACCUACGCGCGCACUCGAGCCAAUUGCCCUCCUAACUAUGCGAAACAGGCCAUAAUAGACCUUGGGAAAGCACUCUGGAUCAACGAAAAUAUCGUACCGAGUCAUUCCGAAGUCUCACGAUAUGGCCAGCAAAUGGGUAUUGAUGCUCUGUUGGCAGUUGCAAGCACGACAGGCGAUAAGGAAAUGGUGGAUAUGCUCAGUCUGCACCAAACUAUCCUGAAUCAUUUGCGGUCGCUUUCUAUGUCGAUAAAGCGUAAUAAUAUCAUUGCUCUCAUCGAUGAAGAGGAUGCGUCUCCUGGUCACUUAGACACUAGUGUCUGGUUACGCUAUCCGUUUUUCGCGCCAGAUGUGUCGGCGGUGCUAUCCGGAUCGGUAACGAGGUCGAUGUUGGCUGACAAACCGAGCAAGACACCGAGUAUGGUAUACAUGAUGCCUCUGGGAGACACGGCUCGUUCUUUCAGCUAUGGCAGCAUGUUCGUGCAGGCCACUGUGAGCUCCAGCGAGGACGAAGGCCAACAGUAUGCCAUGCCGUGCUGCCUUUCCAUCAUUCGAGAACGGACAGAUUGGUACGUGUACGCGGCAAUCACCAGCCAAAGCCAGCUUGUCAAUGUCAUGAUUCAAGGUGAUCGCAAACAAGGGCCUACUUGGGAAGAUGUGGAAUGGCAGGUCCGUACCAACUCCAUGCGAGUCAAACUUCCUCGUGGAUUUGAACUGGAUGUCAUGUUCAAAGAGGAGGAUUUCAAAACACUAUGGAACAUCGUCAAGUACACCCAAAAAUCAGAAGCGAGCCUUGCUCCAGAGGCGGGCGAGACUGUUGCAUAUGAAAAUACCUUGAAAGUGUUCCAGUACAUGGACCCUGGAACUUCCAAGGCUUUCCCACCCGAGCCAUUGGAACGUUGUCGGAUUCGCUUGUUCGAGCGAUCGGUAACAAUCACGGAAGGUACUGGAUCGCGAAAUGCGCACCGUGGAUUCCGAUUGACCGUCCUGACAAGCCCCAAGGUGAAGACACUGAGCAACGUAAAGCAUGUCCUAGCUCAUGGAGCGCCUGUGGUAUUCGGGCUUUUGAGAGGAAAGGAUGGGUCACCUGCAUUCCUUCUCAAGGUCACGGAAGACGGCCGGACAAGAUCUAUGCUCUUGACUUUCCACGAUGUUGAAGAACGCACCAAAAUGCACGCCAUCUUAUUAGGCAUGAUGCCGCGCGAGUUGGAGUCCAAGGGCCGUGAAAUUCCUCUUCGGUCAUAUGCUAUCGAGCAGCCGGCAGACCAAGCGAGCGGUCGCCCAGCUGUCACCCACCUACAGUUUCCAGCUGGAAAUGUCUUUGUUAUUGAUCAAACACACUCGUAUGUAGAUCAUGGCUAUGGAUCAACCAUUCUGUCGGAGAACUUGCGGGCAUUCGUGGCUACGGAAUGGGGAUCUGUCACGGAUCGCAUCAAUUUAGGACCUGGAGAGCUGAAGAUUGGCCUGGAUGUCAGUCGAAAAACUGGAAUGAGCUUGUUCCGACCAGCACAGCAGGAUCUGACAGUCGCACUGGCGGACAAUCUCAUUAAGCCAGAACUACCGGGUGAAGUAGCAGGCUUCCUUGAGAAGAUCACUACGCAGCCAAUGAUCUCCAUUCCUUUCAAGAAGCGGUCACUGGGUUCCGUGUUGUCUAUGACGGGUAAGUUGGACCCGAAACCUGCUAUUUGGACUGCGCUUAUCAUGAUCAGAAAUGCUUCCUGUUUCGCCAUCUCUCGCCGUCGCAGCGUUGUUCCGAUCUACAAGAAAUGGGAGGCCAACCUUGCGCGAAUCCAGAUUGUGAAGCAAGAGAAGAUCUUCCAACUGAUCGCGUUCUUUUCGGACUUCCAGCAUGGCACCUGCAUGAAUUUUAUACUUAAGGGCACCGACCAUAUCGAGUCCUUUGGCCGGUCUGGCAAGUUCGGGAUACGCAUUGUGGAUGCCAAAUUCGCACUUCCAAAGAAGGAUGACGACCCAGCCUCCAAUUUCGUUUGUCUGGACAUGCCCGAGUAUCCAAUUGAACAUGACGACCUCACCAUUACGUUCGAUUCGGAGAUUGAUCGUACCAACUUCAAGGUGGCUUUACCUGGAUCCGUGCGUGAGCCAUCUCGAAUGGCAUCACUGCGAAGAUGA